AGAGAAAAGAGGAGAAAGGACGACGUCAGCUGCUAGUGGGAUGGCUUUGUGCGAGAGAGAAGGAAAGAGAAUAACGUCCUGAAGAAAAGGAGUCGAGGUGAAUGAGCGCUGGGAAAGCUGGACCUCCCCGGGAAAAGAAGCAGCGUUUCAAAAAACAAACAAACAAACAAACAAAGGACACUUUCUUCACUCGGGCCUGCAAAAACUCCUCACUUUGACUUCCCGUAAGUAGAAGACAACACAGCAAGGAGACAGUCAUCAUAAUGCUGCUCUUGGUGAGACUACAGAGAGCCCACGAUGAAGUAUGAGCGAAGAGAUUUCCUGUAAGAACUGGGAGAGAUCACACAAGGUGCCUGCUGACUGUCUCGAUAAGGUGUGUUUUCAAAACAGCAGCAUGGCUGAGGGAAGCUGCUUCGGUGCAUUGUAACGGUUGGGGAUGACCAAAGCCGGACCUUACCUCAGAGAAGAAGCGGGGAAAGCAAAGAAGAAAGAAUAAUGAGAGGACGGAAAACAUCUGCUCAGACAGGAUAAGAUCAGUAGCCCAUCUGGAUCUGAACUGGGAGCUUACUGGACCUUUGUCUUUGUAAGGAAAGGAAUUUAAACUCCCUAAUACCCGUGCUCUGCCACUUGGAGGAGCUUUAAAGAGCUUCAAGGAUUUUUUUUUUUUUUUUUUUUUUGUCAUCGGUGGAUACAAUCUCAGAAAGACUUGUCGCCAUGUGCCACGUUAUUGUAACAUGUCGCUCCAUGCUCUGGACACUGCUCAGUAUUAUAGUGGCUUUUGCUGAGCUUAUUGCCUUCAUGAGCCCAGACUGGCUGCUGGGAUUCCCUCGGUCAGACUCCAGCGCAAACGGGGCGGAAGUGGACUCCAGGGAGUACCGGCCGUCUCUCGGCCUGUAUAGCCGCUGCCUUCGUAUCGGGACCCGGGGAGUAGGGGUGAGCUGCGGGCCCUACGCUGGGACAUUUGGAGAAGUGGCCAGUGGCUUCUGGCAGGCUGCCAUGCUGUUUCUGGCAGCGGGGACCUUAGUGCUAGGAGGAGUGGCCUGCAUCUCCAUCUUCAGCCUGUGCUUCCAGAGCAUCCUGAAGAAGAGCUUAUUCAACAUCUGUGGACUGCUCCAGGCUAUUGCAGGCCUGUUGCUGAUGGUGGGCCUCAUGCUGUACCCCGCUGGCUGGGGUUCAGAGAAGGUGAUUAGCUACUGCGGCCCAGAGGCCUCGCCCUUUAGGCCGGCUCUGUGUUCACUUGGCUGGGCGUUCUACGCAGCCAUAGGAGGGACGCUGGCAAGCUUCCUGUGCGCCGUUCUGUCCGCACAGGCUGAGAUCGCCACCUCCAGCGACAAAGUUCAGGAGGAGAUUGAGGAGGGGAAGAGUCUGAUCUGCCUCCUCUGAGUCUUCAGAAACCUUGGGAAACACCAGGCAACAUAUGGCCACGUGUAUGUCUCACUGGAGGGAGAACAGACAUUUAUUUCAGUGAUUUUCCUCAUGUAUGAAACCAGCUGAUCUUUGAAAAGAUAGAAGCCUUGGUAACAUUUUUUUAAUUGUUAGGAAUGUGUUCUCUUCUGAAAUUUGCCGAAGCCUACCUGAUGACACAAAGACGAUGGAAAUAAACACCUACAGCUUCAGGUUAAGCUGCCAGAAAAAGCUCUGGCACAGCAGCAGGCCAAGGAACAUUAACUGUAUACUUUCCUACUACUUUUUAACCUAAGAUACUGUUUAUUUUUUUUAAAUAAUUCUUGAAUUUUAUCACUGUAUUGAAAGAGUAGGAGAUUAGUUAAGAAGAAAAUUGGUAUUGGAUGUGUCAUUAGUGUUACUGUAGAGAGUUUCUGCCAGUAAAACAGUGUGUAGGGUCGUAACGUCUUUAAACUGUUCAUUCACAUGGUUCACCUGCAAACCUCAACAAACCACUGAAUGCUGAAUGUGCCUACUACAACACCCAACAACAGCUGGCAUAUGUUCUUUGUGCAAGUGUGUGUGUGUGUGUGUGUAUGUAUGUAUGACAGAUAUUACCUGUCAAGGUUUCCAAAUGUCCAUAUGCUGGAUUAUGUGGCACAGCAGAACAGUCAGUCUCGAGCUACCUUUUUAAACGUGCCACUUGAGGGGUUGUUCACUUUAAAAGCAGUUCCUCCUGUUAAAUGGAUUGUUGCUGGGUUUACUGCAGCUGCAUGGCAGAGUGCGUGCAGAAAAGGGACAGAGACUUUGCCAUAUGGUGAGCUUUCAUCAGGGUAUGUUUUUUGUUCACGGUGAGAUAAGGCAGACUAGUUUAUCAGGAGUUUCCUUAUGGCACAUCAUACAGGCGAGAUGCGGCUUUGGAAAGAUGUCCGCCACACAAAGAAGUGAGCAUAAAUUCAAAAGGUCGUUAAUGAGGCUGUGUUAGAUGUAUGCGGACCCUCCUAAUGUGCCUUGAGUGUGCUUUUUUUUUUGUUUUGUUUGGUACAUUUGGAGUUUUCCUAAACACCACCUGGCUGUUUUGCACUUAAUUCAAUGGCUUCAUAUUUUGUUCACCUGUUUCCUUUUUUCCCCCCCAACAGUGCUACAUUAAGUUGCAGUAAAUGUAACACCAGGCCAUAGCUUUUAUUCCUUGUAGAUGAGAUGUGCAAUAAUUCAACUCCAGUGUGUUUGCCGUGAGUGAGUGGACUGAGAGGAUGCGACUGAACAGUGAAAUCGUGACACAGAUUUGUUAUUAAAAUAAAGCAUUUCUAAUCUGUCUGUGCUUAAAUUAAAAUGACUGUCUAGCUGUUUUUGUUACAUUAACAAAAGAGUAACAGCAUCUGUGGCACAUUGCAUGAUGCUACUUGUAUGAGUGUUUGAUAUGUAUGAGGAGUGAUACAGUAUCCUGUGCUUUGUACUCAAAUAAAACAGACCUUCUUUAGUAACUUGU